AUAAAUCUUUCUUUGAAGACGAGGUCUACAAGUCAGUUGUAUUUUCAAUGGAUUACCAUAACAAACUCGUCUUAUUAUUAUUAAUAUUACUUAUACAAGGACACAUCGCAUAUGAAAUACCUAACAUAGCACUUCAAGCUUUUACACCUAGUGGUCUGAGAAUAUCUGUUCCAGCUGACCCUGAAAUCAAGUUGUUUGGAGUUCACUUCAAUAUUAAUAAAGACAUACAUGAGUUAGAAACGGGAGAAUAUAACGAAGAUAUCUCUCGCCCUGAAAAUGGCAAAUUCACUUAUUUCAAUCCCACUUUAAAACUGAAAGAAGGCGAUACGGUUUAUUAUUGGGUUUAUCUCCAAGUUGGAGAUUUAGGGUAUAAGAAAGAUGGAGAAAAAUAUACAGUUACAAAGCUACUGUCUAUAGAUCAAUUCGAAAAAGCGCGCACUUGUGCACCGAGUAUAACUAUAGUCGAUGGCGAAAGUAGUUGCGUUGGAGAAGUGAUUUUAGAUGCCAAAUUUGUUAGUAACACGAUUGAUGAAAAUAUAUGGUUAAUUGAACAAUAUUAUGCUGAUGAACCGGAUUUUGAGUAUGUCAUUUACAAAAACGAUUCGAGUGUACUAACUUCCCAAAAUAAUUUACUUCACAUUAAGCCUAAAGUUGAUGAGGAUAUUGUGACAAGUAACGUGAACAUAGAUGGAUGUACAAGAAAAAGGCAACACGAGUGCACAAGAGUGUUUAUCAAUCUGUAUCAACAUCCAGUUAUAUCUGCUCGGUUAGUAACAAAGAAAACAUUUUCAUUUGGGGAGUAUAAAGUUCGGGCAAAACUACCAAAGGGAGAUUGGCUGUUUCCAGAAAUUUACUUGGAAGAUAUUGAAGAUCUGUCGAAAAAAAUAUGGAUCUCGUAUGCAAGAGGAAACGAAGAAUUAACGGGAAAUAAUGGAGAUGAUAUUGGAGGAAAGUUAUUAUUUGGAGGACCGGUUGUAGACCCAUUAGAACCAAAAAAGAGUCGCUAUCUUAAAACCUAUAGAAACAACCAAUUCAUUGGAAAUGAGAUGCAUACAUUUAGUUUACGUUGGACUUCAGAUGAAAUGCUUCUUUACAUCGACGAUAUUAACUAUGGAACAGUAAGUUCGACAAUAUUAAAAGAAACUGGAUUUAACUCGCCAAGAAAAAUGAGACUUGUAAUAGGAGUUGGUGCUGGUGGGCCUAGAGAUUUUCCUGAUAACUACAAAUCAAAAUCUUAUCUAAAACCAUGGAAAUCAACUUCAAAUAAUCAAGUAAAAAUGUUUUUUACUAGUAGAUCUAACUGGUUGCCCUCUUGGAAAGACAGUGAAUUACAAGUAGAAUUUGUUAAGAUAUCUGCAUUAUGAAUUAUUAGUAAUAUACUGUUAAUUUAAGAAUAAAAGAUUGUUUCUUGUUA